UCGACUUGCGCAAUACUCUGAAUUUACAUCACUAUCAGCAAAAGUAGGCAAAGUGGUCACAGAAAUUAAAUUGGGAAAGCCCAGUAGCUUGACAAAUCUUGUGAAUUACAGAUUCAAAACUUUUCUAUUCCGAAACAAAACAUGAAAUUUUUCUACGGCUUGUUGGCUUUGUGCCUUCUUGGCGCAUGUAAUGGCAGCCCCGCAGUUUCUCGCCAAUUGCAACCACGCGGAGUAGUUACUCCCAUCACUCGUUGUGGCGGUGUUGGUACACUGGUUGAGCUUCGAAUCAGUAAUUGUGAUGGUCGUUGCAAUUUUAUUGCCGGAACCCCUUAUGAAUGCGAAAUGGACUUUUUGCCAUCUGGAGCUGCGCCGGCGCUGAUCCUCGUGGUAGACAUCUGCGUUCUGACCGGAUUUUGUUGGACUGUUCUUGAAGCAGAAAUUCCCAAUUCCAGUGUCCAGCCAGGAUUUAAAUAUACUGCGAAAUAUACGAUCGUCCCCAACGAUAUCUUCGCUGGUGAAACAUUGUUAUUCAAGGCUCAUCUUAUUCGAGCUGGGAUCCGGCUUGAGGAAAUUUGCGUCAGUGCCGAAAUUGAGGUCUCAGCACCUGUAACAGCUGCACCCCAAAUUUAAUUUCAUGGAACGGCUUAACGUUGGCAAAAAUUAUUGGUAUUUCUUCAAUUCGGAAAUAAAUAAUAAAUAAAUUCGAGACUUAGCUAAAAGUAUAUCAAA